AUUAAUCUAAAGUGUGAAAGAGGACAAACAGUCCAUUAUCUCUCUUAUACUCGCUCGCGGAGUCUCUGACCGCUAUGGAACGUUGUCGUCGUCAGUAUUCGCUCGAAAGCGUCGACGACGGCCGUUCAACCGCUUCGAACACGUUGUGAUGAAACAAAAAAUAAAUUACAUCUCGUGUCAAGUAAUAGUUACACUUACGAACAAAGUGAUUAAUAAUUAAUAGUUUGCAAAGUUUCGCUUUAAAGGGGAGACUUUAAAAAUCAUUUAGAAAGAGAUGUUGCGAGUACAAAGCAAUACCGACAUCGUAGGAUUCACUGAAUUCGAAGAGGACAUUCUUUUCGAUGCGGACGAUCCCGAUUUUGACCAUAAUAUCCCAUCAAUUAGCGUUCCCUUCGUGUUUAAAGUUUCCUCCAAGAUGUCUUUGGCCAGCGUACACCCAGCCGAGUUACAUUCGAGUCACAGUUCUCUAACGACAUUAAGUCAUAGUUUGGACGACAUCACAGCCGGGUUAAGUUGGAGCCCCCAAGUAAAUUCAGAGCACGUCCUCACAAUCGAAGAACUUCGUAACCAAUUAACAAGCUGCUUCACUUGCGGAGUAUCCUGGGCUGAUCAUCAUGUAUCGUUAGAUUGUUCCGAAUGUGGUGGUUACGCCUUGGAGAGACCGUGCCCUAUUUGCGAGGGAAUAUGUGGUGCCCAAUGGAAAAGAGAUUUAUCCGAGUCACACGCAUGUAGUAAAGCACGUUGGCAAGGUGAAUGCGAGCAGGCUCGUUCUCAAACGACGAAAGAUCAAGCUAACACUUUGGUGGCUCAAGAGUUGUGCUCGAGGUUAGAAAAGUUGUCGGCCAAUUCGUGAUGAUGAAGGAAAAUCAACGGAAUUGGACGCUUAAAAUUUUUGGUUUUUCUUUUUCUCUUAAAAAACAUUAUUGUCAACCCCCACAUUCGAUCUGAAAGACUGUUGCGAUUUAAAAAAAGAAAUUGGAUCCCGCGAAAGUGGACUUAAAAAAAUAAAUAAAUAAUUAUAUGUACGAUUUUCUUUUGUACAAUGAGAGUAUUUAAAGUAAAAUUAAUUAAUUAAACAUUAUUAUAAAAGAGUAAUGAAAAUUGUGUAAUAGGAAUUAUUUUUAAGAUGUAAUCUAAAAAUAUACUUAAUUAAAUAAUAAAUUUAGUUUUUAUUAAUUAACUUUUAGUAAUAAAAUGUCAAAAUUUCAUGACUAGGUUAACUGAUAUUAGCGCCAUCUACUGUUCAAUAACCGUAAUAAAAAUCAAUCAUAACCUA